AUGCGCCUAAUCCUAACCGGCGCAACGGGCCUGGUCGGCUCCGCAGCCCUAAACCACCUCCUCACCACAUCCCUGCCCGCCGGCGAAGUAUCGGCGCUCUACAUCCUUUCGCGGAGUCCCGUGCCCAUGGCCGAGAAUAAGCCCAAUGUGACCGUGAUCGAACACAAGAAUUUCAACGAGUACCCGGCGGAAUUGCUGGAGAAGCUUAGGGGCGCCGAUGGGUGUAUUUGGGCGCAGGGGAUUUCACAGGCGCAGGUUAGCAAGGAGGAAUAUAUCAAGAUCACACUCGACUACCCGGUCGCAGCCGCAGAGGCCUUUGCGGGCCUAUCCGACUCAUUCAACUUCGUCUAUGUCUCCGGCGAGGGCGCAACACAAACCCCCUCCCGCCUAACCCCCUUCUUCGGCCGCAUCAAAGGCCAAACCGAAUCCGCGCUAAUCGCGCUCUCGAAAAAACACCCGUCCCUAAAACCCUACUCCGUGCGCCCGGCCUACGUCGACUGCGCAAACGAUCCGGUCGUGCACGAGCACGUCAUGAAGCGGCCCGAUCAGCAGGCGCUUAUGAAACGGGGUUUGCACACUAUUAUCGGGCCCCUUAUGCGGGGGGUCUUCACGAAGAGUCAUUCGCCGACGCAGUUUUUGGGCAAGUAUUUGGUGGAUCUUGCCCGGGGCGAUGGGAAGCCGGUCAAGGGGGAGGGCGUUGUGGAAGGGGGAUGGGUUGUGCCGAAUGUGGUUUUUCGGAGGGAGGUUGGGCUUUCUUGA